GCCUCCUGUCCUGUGUAGCUCAAUUCUGUUAAAUACAGAGAUUUAUGAAAAUGUCAUCCAAAUGAUGGCUGUAGAUUUAGGUGCGCUUUGUGGCUGUUUAUUAAUAAAUUUGAAAGCAUACCGAAUGAUUGUAUCUUGUCUUAUCAACCUCAUAAAUGUAUUCAUUAAAUCACCUUUCUACAGCUGCAGCAACAGGCGACCCAAGUUACAAGUUGAAGAGCUAUGGGAGUAAUUAAUAAAAUGAUGAAGGCAAUCAUUCUUGCUCUCCUCAUAUUAACAGUGUCUUCAGGUAGUAGGCAGCCUCAAAAUCCUGAAACCAAGUGGCAAUCUGUGAAUUCAAUAUUCAGGAAACAUAACAACACAAAAAUGUCAACUAAAGAGGUAAAACUAGACAUAGAAAAAAGGAUUUCAGACAACAUAACUCGCUCCAGUUACCAUAACUUAAGGACAUUUCUGUGGAGCUUUUUGGAUCCUGCCCAUCAUGUUGGAGCUUCCUCAAUGGAUUCUGCUGUACUGGAGGCCAUUCAAUUGGCAAUGACUAGUGCAACUCAAGCAAACAAAUGGGAAUUUUAUUACAUGAUCUGGCAAGUUCUGUUCAGCAGUCAGGUUGGAGCUACAAGUUCAGAGCUGGACAAACGACUGCCCCAGAUGCUUUUCUAUCUCUUUCAGGACUCUACAUCUUUCUUUGCAUUUGUUGAAAAAUUGUUGAAGCCAUUGGGAGUCGACUGGAAAGUUGCCCUGAGGUCCAUACAGAGUGAAGUCUGUUACAUUACUUCAACCAUGAGCAGAAGAUCCUUCAGUGAACACAUCAGAGUGUUUCUUGCACCCAGUGUGAAGUCAAAUAGGUCAAGAAUGGGGACUGAUGCCUUCAAUAUUCAAAAUAUACUGUUGAAUUUCAUUAAGAAGCUGCAUCAAGUCUUUUUCAAUGAGUUAAAGCCCAUUUGGUAUUUCUUUGGUCAGAAUGUGUUCCCGUUGUUUGAAUCUUAUAUUGGUCGCAGUACAAAGCAAAUCCUUUUGAAGCUAACAGACUUUAUCUUGGAACAAAUGCUAUUGUCGACCAGCACAAUUAAACUGGAUGUUAAAGGACAGUGUUCCCAAGGGAAUCUGAACCAGCUCCUCAUUUGGUCACAGUGAAUGCUGGUCCACACAGUGAAUGCUGGUCCACACAGUGGAGGCAUUCCCCAGUACUACACCAUUCCUGC